GAAACACAAAGUAAAGCUUCUGUAGGCCUAUAUGUCACCUACAGCUGAACUGUAAAGCUGUCUAAGUAAGCAGCAUCUACAGCUGUUUAGAUAAAUAACUGAGCAGGAAGUGCAGUGACCUCGUAGCCUGGUGCUCUCACUAAAUAUAGUGCAGGAGUGAAAUCCCAUUAGUGGGCCUGUACUGAGUAUAGUCCUAAGUUCAGACCAACACAGACAGAAAUAUAGGCUAAUUAAAAAUUCCUGAUCAGGAUCUGACCCAUGACCACUCUUGGAGAAUUUGACUGGAACCCGUGAAUAGAAUAAGCUGCAAACAGCAGGCGGAAGUGAAAGUAAACCUGACGUGUUUCCUACUUCGGACAGCUCGCACCGGCGCUGCAUUCUGCCUGAGACAUGAGCUCCUUACAGUUUAACUCUGUUCUGCUGGAGAUUUCUAACCAGCUGUCCUCUGAGCAGCUGGACCAGAUGAAGUUUAUGUGUCGAGACAUGAUCGGGAAGAGAGAGCUGGAAAAGAUCAGCACGGGACGACAGCUGUUUCAGGUUCUGACGGAGAGAGGCAGGCUGGGAGCCGACAACACAGACUGGCUGUGCCAGCUUCUCAAACUAAUUCAACGGCAAGAUCUCUCAGACCAAUUAAACGGUUUUGAAAGGCAGUCUGGAAACACCGACAACCAACCGGACGAGGCGGAGAAAGUCAAACUGGACGUAGCCACAGAGGUGAUCGCAGAGAAUCUGGGAAGAAAUUGGCGUAAACUGGGCCGCAAACUGGGUUUGAAUGAGGUUAAGCUGGAGUCCAUCUCCAAGAGGCAUCCCACAGAACUGGAGGAGACGGUGGUGGAGCUGCUGAAGGAGUGGAGGAAGAGUCGAGGAGCCGAGGCCCGAACAGAGGAGCUGAUAAAAGCCCUGAGAGCCUGCCAGCACAACCUGACUGCUGAUAAAGUGGAGGACAGGCUUUCAACCCAAAGAUCUUGAUGGAGAUUUACAGAUCAGAUCAAACACUGAGAUUCACUGUGGGAAUGAAAGUGUAUGCUGUGAUUUAAAGAAAUCAAAUUUCAAGAAAGUUAUAUGCAGAUACAUGAAAUUAUGCAAAAAAUAAUCUUUGUCGAGGUGAAUAAAUGAACUUCCUGAAUGUCAUAAAACAUG